AUGAGAGCCAUGUCAGCGAUGGCCUCAGUGACAGACACUGUCUCCUUCCCGUCUUCUCUACAGAAAGCCCAUGUGUUUUUGUGUGUUGCUAGGAGACUGCUUCAGACUUGGGCUCCUCUGAUGGAGGCCCUGAAGCUGGGGCUAACGCCAGGACAUCCGAGUGUCAGGUUGGUGACCAUGUUGCUCUUGGGGAUAGUUCUUCUCCCAAGCAUCCACGGUCACCUGGGCCCAGGACAUUACUCUUCCUAUGAAAUAGUGAUCCCCAAGAGUCUGACAGUCAAGGGAACUGAAGACCCAGCGGAAAAGACAUCUUACACGCUACUUAUGCAAGGCCGGAAGCAGCGGGUUCACCUGAAGGUGAGGAGAGACUAUUUUGUGCAUGACUUUCCAGUCUACAGUUACCACAACGGCAUCCUGGGACAAGAAAUUCCUUCCAUCUCACAUGACUGUCACUAUGAAGGCUACAUAGAAGGAGUGCCGGGUUCUUUUGUUUCUGUCAACACCUGUUCAGGUCUCAGGGGCAUCCUGAUUAAGGAGCAAACAUCCUACGUCAUCGAGCCCAUACUCUCUUCCAAACGGUUUGAACAUGCGUUAUACAGCGUGGCACAGCAAGCUCCAGUCUCCUGCAGCAUCUCUCCCAGAGACAGCCAAGCGGUAUCCACCAGCCAGCAGCAAGAGAGCAGGAAGCCUCACGAUCUACAGGCACUGUCCUACUUGUGGUCACGCACCAAGUACGUGGAGAUGUUUGUUGUGGUCAACAACCAGCGGUUCCAGAUGUGGGGCAGCGACGUCAACGAGACAGUGCAGAGAGUAGUGGACGUCGUUGCUCUGGCCAACGUCUUUACUCGAGGAAUAAACACAGAGGUGGUGCUGGCUGGGAUGGAGAUUUGGACCGAGGGGGACCUGACAGAGGUCCCAGGGGACCUGCAAGUUACACUCAGGAAUUUCAAUAGCUGGAGACAAGGGGAGCUCCUCCCUCGUGUGAGGCACGAUGUUGCCCACAUGAUCGUUGGGCAUCAUCCUGGAGGGACCUGGGGCCAGGCAUUUCUCAGUGGAGCCUGUACAAGUGGUUUUGCGGCGGCUGUCGAAGCUUUCCAUCAUGAAGAUGCCCUCCUGUUUGCAGCGCUCAUGGUCCACCAGCUGGGGCACAACCUGGGUAUUCAGCACGACCACUCCGCCUGCGUUUGUAAAGGUAGGCACUUUUGCCUCAUGCAUGAAACUGUCACUAAAGAAAGUGGCUUCAGCAACUGCAGCUCUGACUACUUGUACCGCUUCCUUCAUGAACACAAAGGGGCCUGCCUAUUUAACAAGCCACGGUGCAAAAGCCGCGGGCGCAGGGACGCCAAUUGUGGAAAUGGUGAGGUGGAGGCCCCGGAGGAGUGUGACUGUGGUUCUGCUUGUGACGGUGACCCAUGCUGUGAACCAACGUGUAAACUGAAGGAGAAUGCACAGUGUAGUCGUGGACUCUGUUGUGAUAAGUGCAGUUUCAAAAAGGAGGGGGUGGUAUGUCGUUUUGCUCACCGUGAGUGUGACCUCUCAGAAUACUGCGAUGGGAAUUCUGCAGAAUGUCCUGAAGACAGUUACAAACAAGAUGGCACGUUGUGUGAUAGAAUUUACUAUUGCUUUGAGGGUCAGUGUAGGUACCCUGACUUGCAGUGUCUGAAUCUAUAUGGGUACCCUGCAAGGUCUGCCCCAGAGGCCUGUUACUUGUCAAUGAACAGCAAAGCACACCAGUUUGGAAACUGUGGCCAUCCCACUGAGAAUGCAGCAUAUAUUAAUUGUACCGGUGAUGAUAUAUUUUGUGGAAAACUUAUAUGUACAGAUGUUCAAGCCCUGCCACGGAGGAUGUCGCAUUAUACGCUGAUCCAGGUUGCCCAUGGAGAUGACUGGUGCUGGAGCAUGGAUGCCUAUAACACUACCGAUGAUGAUGUGGAACAUGGCAGUUACUGUGCCCCAAACAAAAUUUGCGAUGGUUACGUCUGCACCGAAUAUUCUGUGCUCCACCAUGACUGCGAUUCAGAGUUACUGUGUCAUGGGAAUGGAGUGUGCAACAAUUUAAGACACUGCCAUUGUAACGAUGGAUUUGCACCCCCUGACUGUAGAUAUCCAGGAUAUGGGGGUAGUGUGGACAGUGGUCCUGUGCCUAAGCCACUUAAUAGAAUUCUAAUUGAAGAUGACAUUAGAAAACAUACUGUUAGCAAUGAAGAUGCCAACAGAGGUAGUGAGAAUGAUAAAAACCAAAGUAUUGGACGAGAAAGGAGCUCUCACUGUGCUCAGAAGGUGACUUAGAAGAAAACCCCGAAGUGAUUGUACCAGAACAGAUUGUACACGAAGGGCAAGGACCAGAAGAUUCCCCGACUGAAGAAGCUA